GUAGAUAAAUAUAUCCUGAUAUUACUAAAAACACUUCGGUUUCGAAAGGGGACUUUUUAUUCGAUUUUACUUGAAGAAGGUAUUUGGAUUAAUUGAUUCGCCAAUGGAUUUGUUUACAGUUCGUAAGAUAUUUAGAGAGCGCAUCAAACUGCAAUUAUGCGAAGAUAAAGCACAAAUGUUAAACAAUAGUAGUCAGUGCAAGCAAUAUGGAAAUAAAGUUUGGAUAAAAGCUGGCAAUAAAACCACUUCUUAUAUGCACUCCUCGGGUCAAACGGAAAGUAAAAAAAGCAAAAAACAUGGCGCAGGGAGCAUUGAAACAAAGGGUACAGCGAUGUCCUUUGGUUUUCGCAAAAAACUCAACACCACACCAAAAAAAUUAAAAAAGCUUAUCGAGGGUGACAGCAAGAAGAAGCACGAUAAGUGCAAUAACAUAAGUGACGAUGACGUCGGUAGAACAACAGGAGCUGUGAUAGAUACUGAAAUAAUUGUCACCAACGAGAAUAUACACGAAGAUGAUAACGGCAAUUCAGACACAAUGCCCAAAGUAUACUUUGAAAAGAUGGGUGCAGCUGCGGCCGGUGGAAAGUCUGCACAAAAGUUUUCAACAAAUCAAGGAGUGCCGGAACAGUCACAGACAGCAAAUCGUCCAGGCGCAGGCAAUCGUUUCGGUUAUCGUGGCUGCAAUGUGGCACGUCCCGCUUCCACUGGCAUUACCGGUAGAUAUCGCAGCGAUAGUCAUGAAAAUGUGGAGAACAAUAAUUGCACUGUAACUGAGGGUGGUCAGCAAAAGCCAUUAGUGAGCAAUCGUAAGUAUUGA